CCUGGAUUGAACUGCCUGAGUCCUCUUUGCGGUCUCCUCAUUCUAGCCGCUACUCACCGCUACCUCGGGGAGCGGUAUGUCUCUAUCCCGCUACGUGGCAGAUACGGAUCAGCCAGACUCAGCCAGCGAAUCGCAAUGCCGUCACAGCGGACCAGAGUGCUCGCCGAUGAGGUGAUCUACCACGAGUCGAAACAGGCUAGAACUUGGAUCGGGGCUGAGGUAGCUGUCGUUCCGUGCAGUUUUUGCAUUCUAGCCGGAGGAGGGGUGGUGGAAUGUUCGCUUGCGCGGCGUCGCCGGGCAUGAGUUGAAAGUACAGCUAGCAAGACUAUAAAACCACUUGCGGGGCUCGUGAAACCACUCAGUCGGCCUCGUCCCACCGUCUCCGCUAGUCGCGCCUCGAGCACCUCGCUUACUACCCUCUCGUUCAGCCUGAGUGUCGUUAGCAAUGGCCGGAAAUCAGGCGACCCACGUUAACCCGCCCAGUGCCCAGGAGCACAUCUCCACCAAUGGCUCCGACUGGUUGUGGGCUGCGUUCAGUAUCCAGGCGUUCUCCCUCCUGGCCGCCUUCGUUGCAAUGGUCGCUAGGCCGCGUGGUACUCGUUUGUUCCAUAACAUCGCGUUGGUGGUGAUGGCCACCUCGAGCGUCGCAUACUUCUCCAUGGCCUCCGACCUUGGUGCGACGUCUAUCGAGACUGAGUUCCGAACCGACACAACUCGUCAAAUCUAUUAUGUCCGCUACAUCCAGUGGGUAAUCAAUUGGCCCUUGCUCGUGUUGUCGUGCCUGCUAGCAACCGGUCUUUCACUCUCCGACAUCCUCACGACGAUGUUCAUGAUUGUCUUCGUCGCCGUUACCUGGCUAGUUGGUGCCCUCGUGCACACCAGCUAUAAGUGGGGAUACUUCGUCUUUGGCCUCGUGGGGUUGAUCUUCGUCUGGUUCCAGCUGCUCGUACACGCGCCCCAGACGAACUUCGCAUCGCCGACGACCAUCAGCAAGCCAUACUGGAUCGGCGCGACGUACCUCUUCUUCAUCCUCCUGACGUAUCCCAUCUGCUGGGGAUGCUCAGAGGGCGGCAACGUCAUCACCGUCACGUCCGAGAUGAUCUGGUACGGCAUCCUCGACAUCUGCGUCGGGCCCGGGUUCUUCCUCCUGUUCUUCCUGAACUUGCGCAAGAUCGACUACGCUGCCUUCGGCUUCCAAAGUGGGAAGUGGGUUGAGGGCGCAGCUGUCUCGUCGAGUGAGAAGCCGCGCGUGUAAAGGAGGGGUUCUCGAGUCUUUUGUCUCAUCUCACGUAUAGUCAUCCUCUCCAUAACUACACAUUUCUGUUGAGUAUAAUCAUCCGAUUCCGUGCCACAUGUCUAUGACUUCGUAAUGGCAUUCUAUCAGUAUCCUGUCUGUCUUUACAGUGACUGGCAUGGCGAGACGCCUGUCGAGUCAAAUACUCC